GUGUAUUGCAGACACAUCGUCAUGGAUCUUGGAGCUUGCCACCUACUAUAAGAUGCACCACGUCGCUCGGUUCCAAGCAUUACCACCGUCAGGCUGUGUGUACUUCCUUCCAUUACCUUGACCGCUAUCCUCAGUCACCGUCGGUUGAUCAACCGGGCAAAUCGAAACCAUCUCCCAAUAUGCGUUUUAGCAGCCUCCUCACGGCCAGCAUGGCCUCUGUGGUGGCAGGUCAAGGCCUCACCCAGACGCUGAUGGAUCAGCCUUCUUUGUCCAACUUGACGACCUAUCUGAACCUUUUCCCCACCCUCCUCAAUGAGUUGAGCUCCAUGUCCAACAUUACACUACUGGCUCCCAGCAACAUGGCUUUCGAGACUGCACUCAAUUCAUCCACCGGUGCGGCAUUCACAGCCAACAAUACUGAUGUGAUCUCUGCGUUGUUCUCAUAUCAUGUCCUCAACGGCUCAUACACAAACUUCAGUACAAUGCCCGAGUUUGUCCACACGGCUCUCAUGCCUGGUAUGUACGCCAACGUCACGGGUGGUCAAGCUGUCGAGGCUCUUGCCAGCUCCAACAUGUCCAACGCAACAACGACCUUCUACUCGGGUCUUCUGCAAAAUUCGACCGUGGCCACCAAUGGUACCUUCAACUUCACCGGAGGUGUUGUCCAUGUGGUUGACCACUUCCUGGUCAUGCCAGAAAACCUCACCAACACUGCUGUCCAACUCAACCUACGUUCUGCAGUGGGCGCACUCACCGUUGCCGGCCUAGCUGAUGCGGUCGAUACCAUGAUGGACGCGACCUUCUUCGUUCCAGAUAACGCGGCCUUCCAGGCAAUCGGGUCGGCACUUGCGACGUCUACGCCCCAAGAGCUAGCCCGCAUCUUGCAGUAUCAUGUCGUGAACGGCACUGUGGGAUACAGCAGCAUGUUAACCAACGGAAGCACACUCACUACGAUGGAUGGAAUCCCAGUCACGAUUACUAUCCAAGACAGCGAGAUCUUUGUCAAUAGUGCUCGAGUUGUCACCCAGGACGUCCUUGUUGCCAACGGAGUGAUGCAUGUGAUCGACGGCGUUCUCAACCCUGGCAAUCGCACUGCAUCAGCGCAACCUACGGCAUCGACACAAGCACCUGCCUUCAGUGGUGCGAGCUCUGCAUCCGACACUCCAUUCACAAGUGGCGUGGCUUCUGCCACGACUUCGGUGAACACUGAAGGACCUACAAGUGCCGCUUCCGCCGCUGCAACUGGUGGCUCCUCUGGUAGCUCAAGUUCCAGCUCCGGAGGUGCUAUGCCAUUGAAGACAGGUGCUGUGGGAGCCGCGGCAUUGUUUGGUGGUGCUGCUGCGAUCAUGAACCUGUAAGGACUGUGAGUGGCAGAUGGCAACAGGCGGAUUAGCUAUACGCACUCGCUGCUCGGUUGUCAGAACAACAAGGUGGUUCAACACGAUUAUGAUAUUGCAGAUUAUAUAGCGUGUGUAUUUUACUUCUGACAUGGGUCGAAA